AUGGCACAAGGCCUGGCUUUUCGGGGCCAUGAUGAAUCCUCUACUUCUCUAAAUAAGGGCAAUUUUAGAGAGAUGGUAGAUUGGGUAAAAUCUUCGAACGAGCAAGUGAGGGAUGCUUUUGACCGUGGUGAAAAAAAUUGCACAAUGACUUCCGGUGACAUUCAAAAGGAGCUUGCAAUGUGUUGUGCACAUGAAGUUACCAAGGUGAUUAUGGAAGAGCUUGGUGAUAAUCAAUUCUCCGUGCUUAUUGAUGAGUCACAUGAUCUAUCUAUCAAAGAGCAAAUGGCGGUGAUGUUGAGUGUUGUGGAACAAUUUAUUGCUCUACAUCAUGUCAAAGAUACUACAUCUGAUUCAUUAAAGGAUGCUCUUUAUGGUAUUCUCGAUAAGUACACAUUAUCUAUUUUAAGGAUACGAGGGCAAGGAUAUGAUGGAGCUUCAAAUAUGAGAGGUGAAUUUAAUGGUUUGCAAAGAAAGAUUCUAGAUGAAAACCCUUAUGCUUUCUAUGUUCAUUGUUAUGCUCACCGUUUGCAAUUGGUUGUUGUGUCUGUUGCCAGUAGUUGCUCAUCUAUUUAUGAUUUCUUUGAGUACAUCUCCUUGAUUGUGACCACAACAAGUGCAUCUUGUAUAGGGAUGGAAAAAAAAACCCAUACCCGCGGGUAUCCGCGGAUAAAAUCUGUCACGGGCACAGGUUGGAUAGCUUAA